AUGGUUCUCCCAAACGACAUCGAUUUGCUGAACCCACCAGCGGAACUCGAGAAGAGGAAGCACAAGCUCAAGCGUCUCGUCCAAUCCCCCAACUCUUUCUUCAUGGUAGCAUUUCCUUUUUCUCGACUAUCAAAUUGUGUUCUUUUGUUCGUAUCAUUUGUGAUUUACAAUCCAUUUUCGGCCUGUGAAUGUAGGAUGUCAAGUGCCAGCUUUAACAUAACCACCGUAUUCAGCCACUCACAGACUGUUGUUGUGUGCGGCAAUUGCCAGACGGUGCUUUGCCAACCGACGGGCGGGCGUGCAAGGCUCACCGAGGGCUGCUCAUUCCUUAAUAUAGUUGCAGACGGUUAA